AUGCGCCGUGGUUCAAAGCGCUCCCUCGAGGAGCUUGCCAACAAGUCUGACUCGAAUGAUGAGGACUGGAGCGAAGCCUCCCAACAUGCCGAUUCGCGACGAGCCUCUCGCAAGACCAAGUCGAGCCCCAAGAAGCGAUCCAGACCCGCCAAAAAACGGCGCCGCAACUCAGGCGACAUCAUUUCGGACGAUGAGGUCCUCACUACCGACGACGAAGACUUGUCUAUUCAAGAAUCGGAAGAUUCCGACGACCCUACCGUCCCUCGCAAUGCACGUGGAACAGCACGCCGUCGAACAACACAGAACGCCCCGCUUUACGAGGAGCCGGAUUCAGAUGAAGCAUCCCCAGCGGAUGAUGAAGACAAUGAACUUAUCACCAACUCACCACCAAAAAGAAAGAGGACUGUUGUGAAACUGAAGCUUCGACCAGAGAUUCUGUCUCAGCCUGAUCUCUUAGCCAACCGACGCACCACUCGCCGUAACCGGGGUGCUUCGGAAGAUAUUUACGCUUUGACUAAUUCAGGCCGACACAUGGAAACAGUUGAGCGCGGUACCAUGAGCCCUGAAGUUGAAGUGAAACGACAAGGUUCUCGAGCUCCUCGUGAAUCAGCCAUUCCUGAGGAGUCUAUGGGAACAUCGGCAGAAAAUCAGGCUUCAUUUGAGGUUCUGGAAAGCGAUGCCCCGGCUGAAGGCGACACUGUCUUUGGCUUGGAUGGAGGACAAGACCAGAUCGACACUGAGAUGUCAAUGGACGGCGUUGUUCCUGAAUCUGAGAACGGAGAUGCGAAGAACGAGGAUAACGAUGAGGAUGAAGACGACGAAGAUGCAGGCCCCAUCACCCGUCGACGAACUAGACCGAAUCUUCUCGAAAUACCAGACGAAGAUGAAGGUGAGGGUGAAGAAGCAGUCGUGGCUCCGGAUGCUGAGGAUGAGCCCCAGCUCCGCCGAUCUGGUCGCAAGCAGCCAUCUCGAAGUUCCCAGCGCAAAAAUGGAGAUGACGAGAGCGACUUUGAACCCGAAGAUGAAGAUUCUCCCGACGAUGACGAGGCUUCAGAAUCCGGAAAGUCUGCUGCGUCUCCGCAAAAGAGUCAGGGUCGCGACGAAGAGGAGGACAGCGCAGGUGGUCGUCGUCUGCGCAGUAGAGCAUCUCGUUCUCGAGGCCAGUCGGAAGUUCAAGAAGAACUUGACGAGGAAAUUCAAGAACUGCGGAGUAGUAACCGUCGACGACGUGGACGUGUCCCGGAAAUCAUCUAUGAGAACAAGCCGCGACGUAACCGCAAGGAUGUUGACUACCGUAUCAUUCGCCCUGAUCUGAUGAUCCCCACGGACGAUGUUGAAAAUGAGAUCACGGAGUCUCCUUCUCGUCGUGGACGCGGUGGUGGGGGUGGUGGCUGGCAGCGAACCCUCUUCCCGACUUCAGGUCCCUUUGGCGGCGGUGCUAAUCCGUCUGUUCUCGGUCCCCCCGGUGCUGCCGGCGCAGCUGGAGGUGUCGAUAGCGACAGUAGUGAUGAUGAGUUUAUUCAGCAGCCUAAGGGCGCCGGUCUUCCUGGUGGUCUUGUACCCCAAACCCACAAUUCUGAGGGCCAACAUCUCGCGGGUACGCCAGCAAACUUUGGCAAGCUCCAAGACAAGCAAACCUUGGCGGACGCGGAUCCCUUGGGAGUGGACCUGAAUGUCAACUUCGACAGCGUAGGAGGUCUUCAAGGACACAUCGACCAACUGAAGGAGAUGGUCUCUCUUCCGCUGCUGUACCCAGAAAUCUUCCAGCGCUUCCACAUUGUUCCUCCUCGAGGCGUUCUAUUCCAUGGACCUCCAGGAACCGGAAAGACGCUCUUGGCCCGAGCUCUAGCGAACAGUGUCAGUUCCGAGGGCCGCAAGGUCAGCUUUUACAUGAGAAAAGGCGCUGAUACAUUGAGCAAAUGGGUCGGUGAGGCUGAGCGACAAUUGCGACUUCUCUUUGAAGAAGCCCGUAAAAACCAACCAAGUAUCAUUUUCUUCGAUGAGAUUGAUGGACUGGCUCCCGUGCGAUCGAGUAAACAGGAACAGAUCCAUGCCUCGAUUGUAUCGACCCUGCUGGCGUUGAUGGAUGGUAUGGAUGGCCGAGGUCAAGUUAUCGUCAUUGGUGCCACCAACCGGCCUGACUCAGUUGAUCCUGCCCUCCGACGUCCUGGUCGUUUUGAUCGCGAGUUCUAUUUCCCGCUUCCCAACAUCGAAGGCCGGCGCGCCAUCCUCGACAUUCACACCAAAGGCUGGGACCCAGCGCUUCCAGGCGACAUCAAAGAUGAGCUUGCGAAGAUUACCAAGGGCUAUGGAGGUGCCGAUUUGCGAGCUCUUUGCACGGAGGCCGCUCUCAAUGCUGUGCAGCGGAGAUAUCCCCAGAUCUACAAGUCUGACCAGAAGCUUAUCAUCGAGCCGAAGAACAUCGACGUCCUUCCCAAGGACUUUAUGAUUGCAGCCAAGAAGAUGGUUCCUUCGUCAGAAAGGUCUACCUCAUCAGGAGCAUCGGCUCUGCCGCCCAAUGUUGAGCCUCUGCUCCGCCAGUCCUUGGCUAAUAUUCAAAAGGCCCUGUCAGAGGUUCUCCCUCAGCGGAAGAGACUGACUGCCUUGGAAGAAGCCCAGUAUGAGGAACCAGCAGACAACAAUGGGUUCCGCCGUGAGCAGAUGAUACAGGAAUUCGAUCGGUCGCGUGUGUUCCGUCCGCGCAUGCUUCUUCGUGGUCCCCCAGGAAUGGGCCAGCAGUAUCUUGCCGGCGCCCUCUUGCACCACUUCGAAGGUCUGCAUGUCCAGGCUUUCGAUCUCCCCACCUUGCUCAGCGACUCAACUCGAUCUCCCGAAGCUACUGUCAUCCAGCUUUUCGCUGAAGUUAAGCGACAUAGACCGAGUGUGAUUUACAUCCCUAACAUUCAGACAUGGUUCGAGACAGUCGGACCCACUGUUAUUUCUACCUUCUUGGGUCUCUUGCGAUCAUUGCCACCAUCUGAUCCAGUUCUGUUACUUGGUGUUCUUGAGUCCAGUGGACAAGAUGUGGAUGAAGGUUUGGUCAAGCAAUUAUUCGGAUUCUCGAAGAGGAAUUCAUUUGAUCUUCCUUUCCCUGAUACGACUGCACGUUCUGAGUACUUCGGUAAACUCAUUGAAUACAUCAAAACUGCUCCUUCCGAUUUCCCUGAUCCUGAGAACCGCAAGAAACGCCAGCUGGAAGAGCUCGAGGUCGCGCCUCCACCCCCUCCCCAAAGCGAGCAACCUCUCAGCAAAGAACAGCGCAAGGCCCAGAAAAAGAAGGAUCGUCAGACCCUGAACCUUCUCAAAAUUCGAAUUCAGCCUAUCAUGGAUCAAAUCAAGAAGUACAAGCGCUUCCGCAGUGGUGUGGUUGAUGAAAAUCAGAUCAGAUACCUAUGGGAUGAAGCAGACCCGAAUAUGGUCACCAGCGACCUACCUCCCGACCAGCAAAACAUUUACCGACCAUAUGAGAAGGCUGUUGAUAAAAAUGGUGUUCCCGGUCUUCGAGAGGUAGCUACCGAGAAGUUUUACUACAACAUGGAGAUUGUGACCAUGGAGAAGCGUCUCUCGAACGGAUACUACAAGCGAUCUAGUGAUUUCCUGGCGGACAUCAAACGAAUUGCCAAGGAUGCUCGCCAGCUGGGAGACCAGGACCGACUGUUGCGUGCGAAUGAGCUGUUGUCCAACGUUGAAGUCGACAUUACCACCAUCGAGCAAGCUGAUCCGGCUCUCGUGGCAGAAUGUGAGGCUGUAUACCUGCGAGAGACAGCCCGUGAGAAAGAAGCCGCCGAGCGUGCCCAGCUCGCACAGGAGGCAGAGGAGCAGCGUCUACGAGAGAUAGAAGAGGCUGAAGACGCGGCCGCAGCAGCCGAGGAUGCUGCCGCUAAUGCUGCUCGCGGUAACAUCGAGCCCAACCUAUCCAAUGGCCCGUCUCGUCUGGGCGAGUGGGUUCCAGAAACAGAUGCUCGCCCAGUAACACCCACCAACCAGUCACAUGUGAGCUUUGCAAAUGGAUACCACAACGGCGGUGGCUCAGACCUGAAUGAGCCUGGCCCUAACGGCCUGAGCAACGGGUCCCACCAUGGCGAUGGCGACGGUGACGUCUUCAUGUCCAACUCUGAGGAUCACUCGGGAAGCAAAGAUACCCUGAACAGCUCGUUCGGACCCUCUGCGCAGCCUAAGCCUGCAUACUCCCACACAGCGCCAUCUCAACAAAUUCGCCGUGAGUCUGGCAUGUCUAGCUUGUCUCAAAAGGGUCCCAUGACGCCAAUGGCUCCUGGAUCUCAGCCCGGAGACUACACCAACGAAGCGUCUACGACCCAGACCACAUCAUACAAGAAGUCCUCCGAGCACUCCUCGAAUCAACAGGACAACACCCAAACCCAAAGUCCCAACGUUUCUCGGCAUGAAUAUCCCGAUCUCACCCAGUACCCCGAUCGUGUUUCGCAAGAUGACCACCUGCCUGAUACCCAGCAAGGUGGCAGCAGCCAACUCUCCCCUCGCCCCCGGGAUUCGCUGGCUUCCAACCAAACGGAGAUUGACCACAGCCUACUGAAUGGAAGUCAAUCACAAUCCAAGCCUCAGCCUCCGCUGUUUGACGAUGCUUCUAAGCCUACCAACCACGCCUCUCUCAACUUGCAGUCACUGCUCAUCGAUGAGCCAGUCCCCGAGCUAGUACUUGACCUUGAACACGUUGGGCGCCUUCACGCCCAGUUGACCAAGCGAACCAAGGGACUCUCUGUUGAGCAGCUGGAGCAGAUCAACACAUUUCUUAUGGACUAUGUAUGGCACAUGCGCGGUGAGUGGAACCGCACCAAGGUGUGCAAAGGCACCGAGGACACCUUUGAAGAGGUCCUAGAAGAUCUGCUGGCCAUGCAGGACAUCGGGCCGAUCAGCCAGAGCAGCGGGGCAUUGAAUUCAAGCUUCUAA